CGGCAAAAAACCUGUAAAAACCAAACUUUUAUUCCUUAAAUUCAGUUCAUUCUACUUUAUGUUAAAGGUUUCUAUUUCUUCCAAUCCAUCACUAGCCACCUUUGCGUUGCUUUCGUAUCUUUCACUCCAUUCCAUCUUGUAAUGUAACUGCAAUUGUCUAUAUAUAAAGCAGAGUCUUGCUUUAACUUUGUUAUAACAAACUUGCUAGAAGAAAUAGAAGAUCAAACUGAGGUAAUGGACAAUAAUGGGGAUUAUGGAGUACCUGAAGAUCAUUGCACUGAAGAAACUUACCUCCUGUUACCGAAAACAGUAGAGCGAUCCGCGAUACAGAACGCCAUAAGCCAGACAUUUCAAAGCACGGCGCAUUUGGCCAAUCUUUUACCUACAGGCUCUGUUCUUGCUUUCCAGCUGCUAGCCCCCAUUUUCACGAACCAAGGUAACUGUGACCCGGUCGGCCAGUCCAUGACUGCUGUGCUUAUCGCGCUUUGUGGGUUGUCGUGUUUUUUUCUGAGCUUUACGGAUAGUUUCAAGGACCAGAUGGGGAACAUUUGUUAUGGUUUUGCGACACCACGUGGCCUGUGGGUUAUUGAUGGGUCUACAACUUUGCCACCCGAGCUUGCAGCCAAGUAUUCUCUGAGAUUUAUAGAUUUCAUGCAUGCUUUCAUGUCGAUACUGAUUUUUGCAGCUGUUGCACUGUUUGAUCAAGAGGUCGUAAGCUGCUUCUAUCCAGCACCAUCGGAUGAGACUACAGAGCUUCUCACAACAAUACCAGUUGGAAUCGGGGUCAUCUGCAGUAUGUUAUUCGUUGUGUUUCCUACACAACGUCACGGAAUUGGCUUUCCAGUUACUUCAAAUUAAAGCUUCUUGUUAACUGCAACUUAAGACAACUGAUUAUUGUGGAACAUUGUUUUGCCAAUUGCACAUACUUUUCCCAACUGGCCAUCUGGCCUGUCCAGAAAAAAAAAAAGCAACAAGUUCAGCUGUAAUAAAAUUCUAACUAUAUGCGAUAA